CAUUUCUUUGCUGUUUAACAAAUUACUCGACUCACAGCAUUCAGCCGGGUAUCCCUGUGAAUUAGUUACUGUUUAACCAGGGAGAUUAUACAGUAAAUUUAUAUUCAUAUGUAUAUAUAUAUAUAUAUUAAUUAUGAUUAGUUAUUAUAAAUACAAUACAUUGAUUUUAACAAUUUGUCUAAGUUCUUAGUUCUGUGGAGGUCAUCAUAAUGUAACGUAAAUACGGAAGUUGUACUAUUCAUUAUCCGAUGUUGGUUAUAAUUUAAUCAUUGACCCUUAACCUUGAUCGGCAUAAUCUCGUGAAAAUUGAGAUGAUCGAAUGAUUGAAGGAUAACACGUGGAAUGAUUUCAUGAGCAAAGGAUCUAAAUUGAGUAUUUCUAAAGCAAUCAACAGCGCCAUAUUUCCACCUACGACUAAUAUCAAUCCGGCUGGUGCAAAUACCCAAUGGCUUCAUUGUGUGUCGGAAAUCUUCAUCCAAAUGUCACCGAAGCUAUGUUGUUUGAGAAAUUUUCAACAGCAGGUCCAGUCCUCAGUAUCCGUGUCUGUAGAGAUAUGAUCACAAGACGUUCACUUGGUUAUGCUUAUGUCUGGUUUCAGCAGCUAGCAGAUGCCACAAGAGCCCUUGAAACAUUUAACUCUGUCAUUAUUGAAGGACAGCAAAUAAGAAUCAUGUAUUUGAAAAGAGAUUCAGAAACGGGGAAUGGUGGCAAUAACAUAUUUAUCAGAAAUCUUGACAGAAGAGUUGACAAUAAAGCAUUAUAUGAUACUUUCUCUGUCUUUGGGAAUAUUUUAUCUUGUAAGAUUGUCUGUGACGAGCAUGGAUCCCGAGGAUACGGAUUUGUACAUUUUGCGACAGCAGAGGAAGCAAAAGAUGCAAUUGAAAAAGUCAAUGGAAUGUUUAUAAAUGAGAAGAAAGUGUCUGUCACUUUUGAAACGAGUGACUACGACAUCCAGGAGGAUACGCAAGAAGAUUAUUAAAAAAAGAUCCUACAGAAUGAUGAAGCAAUAGCCAAAGACGAGGCUGACACUGAUAGAAUAAUAUUAAAUGGUCCGAAAGAUUCCUCUUUAACAGAAAAGAAAGGUUGCUGCUCUUGACUUUACAUACAUUCAAAUACUAUGUGACUGAUAGCCCUCCAAACAUUUAAAUACUAUGUGACUGAUAGCCCUCCAAACAUUUAAAUACUGUGUUAUUGAUAGCCCUCCAUACAUUACAAUGAUUAAAGC